GCCCCCAGCCCAGCCUGGCGACCGGGGGCCCGGGCUCCUGAGGUGGACGCCCCCCCGGGAGCGCGGGGGUGCCCAGCCCGGCGCGAAGGUCUGGAGUCUGAGCACCAUCCUCGGGGACCCUGGACAGCUGUCAUGGAGACUGAGAGUGAGCAGAACUCCAACUCCACCAAUGGGAGUUCCAGCUCAGGGGGCAGCUCUCGGCCCCAGAUAGCUCAGAUGUCACUGUAUGAGCGCCAAGCAGUACAGGCUCUGCAGGCACUGCAGCGUCAGCCCAAUGCAGCUCAGUAUUUCCACCAGUUCAUGCUCCAACAGCAGCUCAGCAAUGCCCAGCUGCAUAGCCUGGCUGCCGUCCAGCAGGCCACCAUUGCUGCCAGUCGGCAGGCCAGCUCCCCAAACACCAGCACGACGCAGCAGCAGACUGCCACCACCCAGGCCUCAAUCAAUCUAGCCACCACGUCGGCCGCCCAGCUCAUCAGCCGAUCCCAGAGUGUGAGCUCUCCCAGUGCUACCACUUUGACCCAAUCUGUGCUACUGGGGAACACCACUUCCCCACCCCUCAACCAGUCCCAGGCCCAGAUGUAUCUACGGCCACAGCUGGGAAACCUAUUGCAGGUAAACCGGACCCUGGGCCGGAAUGUGCCUCUAGCCUCCCAGCUCAUCCUGAUGCCUAACGGGGCGGUGGCUGCAGUCCAGCAGGAGGUGCCAUCUGCUCAGUCUCCGGGAGUUCAUACAGAUGCAGAUCAGGUGCAGAAUUUGGCAGUGAGAAACCAACAGGCCUCAGCCCAAGGACCCCAAAUACCAGGCUCUACUCAGAAGGCCAUUCCUCCUGGAGCCUCCCCUGUUUCUAGCCUCUCCCAGGCCUCUAGCCAGGCCCUUGCUGUGGCUCAGGCUUCCUCUGGAGCCUCAGGCCAAUCCCUCAACCUUAGUCAAGCUGGUGGAGGCAGUGGGAAUAGUAUCCCAGGGCCCAUGGGUGCAGGUGGAGGUGGCCAGGCGCCUGGGGGUUUGGGUCAGUUGCCAUCCUCAGGAAUGGGUGGAAGCGGGAGCUGUCCCCGGAAGGGCACAGGAGUAGUGCAACCCUUGCCUGCAGCCCAAACCGUGACUGUGAGUCAGGGCAGCCAGACAGAAGCAGAGAGUGCAGCAGCCAAGAAGGCAGAAGCAGAUGGCACUGGUCAGCAGAACGUGGGCAUGAACCUGACACGGACGGCUACCCCCGCUCCAAGCCAGACCCUCAUUAGUUCAGCCACCUACACACAGAUCCAGCCUCAUUCACUGAUUCAGCAGCAGCAACAGAUCCACCUCCAGCAGAAACAGGUGGUGAUCCAGCAGCAGAUUGCCAUCCACCACCAGCAGCAGUUCCAGCACCGCCAGUCCCAGCUGCUCCACACAGCCACACACCUCCAGCUGGCGCAGCAGCAGCAGCAGCAGCAGCAGCAGCAGCAGCAGCAGCAGCAGCAGCAAGCCACAACUCUCUCUGCCCCUCAGCCACCACAGGUCCCGCCCACUCAGCAGGUCCCCCCUUCCCAGUCCCAGCAGCAAGCCCAAACCUUGGUUGUUCAGCCCAUGCUUCAGUCGUCACCCUUGUCCCUCCCACCUGACCCAAGCCCCAAGCCCCCCAUCCCCAUCCAGUCCAAACCACCUGUUCCUCCGAUCAAGCCUCCUCAGUUAGGGGCGGCUAAGAUGUCAGCUGUCCAGCAACCGCCACCCCACAUCCCCGUGCAAGUUGUGGGCACCCGGCAGCCAGGCACAGCUCAGGCCCAGGCUUUGGGCUUGGCCCAGCUGGCAGCCACUGUCCCUACUUCCCGGGGGAUGCCAGGUGCAGUGCAGACUGGUCAGGCCCAUCUGGCCUCCUCGCCACCUUCGUCCCAGGCGCCUGGUGCGCUGCAGGAGUGCCCUCCUGCUAUGGCUGCUGGGAUGAGCCUUGCUCCUGUACAGGGCACAGCACAGGUGGUAAAGAGUGGGGCUACCACCUCUUCCCCUGUUGUCGCCCAAGUCCCUGCUGCCUUCUACAUGCAGUCUGUGCACCUGCCGGGCAAACCCCAGACCUUGGCUGUCAAACGCAAAGCCGAGUGUGAGGAGGAGAGAGAUGAUAUCUCUACAUUGAGUUCGGUGCUUCCCACCAAGGCGUCUCCAGCAGCAGAGAGCCCGAAGGCCAUGGAGGAGAAGAGUAGUCUUGGAGAGAAAGCUGAGCCAGUGACCAGUGUGAAUGCAAAUACCCCAAGCAGUGAACUAGGAGCCUUGGCUCCGGCUCCGGCAGCACCACCGCCUACGCUGGCCAUGGUGUGCAGGCAGAUGGGUGACUCCAAACCCCCACAGGCCAUUGUGAAGCCCCAGAUUCUCACACACAUCAUUGAAGGCUUUGUCAUCCAGGAAGGAGCAGAACCUUUCCCGGUGGGUUGUUCUCAGUUACUGAAAGAGUCUGAGAAGCCACUGCACACGGGCCUCCCGCCAGGGCUGAGUGAGAAUCAGUCAGGCGGCCCCGUGGGUGGGGCCAGCCCAUCUGCCGAGCUAGAUAAGAAGGCAAACCUUCUGAAGUGUGAGUACUGUGGGAAGUACGCGCCUGCAGAGCAGUUUCGAGGCUCCAAAAGGUUCUGCUCCAUGACCUGCGCGAAGAGGUAUAAUGUGAGCUGUAGCCACCAGUUCCGGCUGAAGAGGAAAAAAAUGAAAGAGUUUCAGGAAGCCAAUUACGCUCGUGUUCGCCGGCGCGGACCCCGUCGCAGCUCCUCAGAUAUCGCCCGCGCCAAGAUCCAGGGCAAGCGCCACCGGGGUCAAGAAGACUCUAGCCGGGGUUCAGAUAAUUCCAGUUAUGAUGAAGCACUCUCUCCGACGUCUCCUGGGCCUUUAUCAGUGCGAGCGGGGCAUGGAGAGCGCGACCUGGGGAACUCCAACACAGCUCCGCCUACUCCCGAGUUACAUGGAAUCAACCCCGUGUUCCUAUCCAGCAACCCCAGCCGUUGGAGUGUAGAGGAGGUGUAUGAAUUCAUCGCUUCCUUACAAGGCUGCCAAGAGAUUGCAGAAGAGUUUCGCUCCCAGGAGAUCGAUGGACAGGCCCUUUUGUUACUUAAGGAAGAACACCUCAUGAGUGCCAUGAACAUCAAGCUGGGCCCUGCCCUUAAGAUCUGCGCCAAGAUAAAUGUCCUCAAGGAGACUUAAGGAGGCCUCUUGCACAAGCAGCCUAAGGCAGACACUCCCCUGUCCAGGUUAUAACCUGGAACCAGCAGACUCUACCGGGAAGAGCUGUUUCAACUGUGUACAUCUUCUUUGAGGGGCUCCCGGAGACAGGGACAGAGUUGUCCAAGAAUUAGUUGCUGGUGCUACAUGGCGGCAGCUUUGACAUUUUCUCUGGGUUCUACUUUGUUUUCAAAAGAACCUUUAUACUUCUCACCUACCCUAAUCCAAUCUUGAAGAGGCAGUCUAGAGAUCUAGGCCUGCCCAGCCUUAUCCUGGAGUGCAGUGUCUAGCCAGGGUCUUUGUUCUCUAAGCGGAGGAAUAUAUAUACAGUAUGGUAACGCAAGAAAUGGGGGCAUUGUAGGUGUGCCUCCCCUGUGGAGAGGUAGGGACACAGUAGCAAAAUCUGGUACUCCCUUACCCCUCCUUCUGGAUUGUUCAACUGUAGCUGUGGCCCGGAAUUUUCGUUGUCGUCACUCACCCCUUUAGUAUUGAAUAUUUUCUCCUGCAUCCAUGGCAGGGUCACCAGCCAAUUGAGAGACGUGGUUGGCAUCAUUCUGAUUUGCUGCAGGGACUAAAAGUGUUUGGCACACGUGUGGCUGUUGUCAUUCUUUCUCUCUCCUCCCGCCCCCUUCCACUUUGUUGUCCUCCACCCUAACUUCAGUCCCAACCCUGCUGUCUAAUAGCUUUAUGACCAGGAGUGUGUGGGCCCACGCCAGGAGUGCAAACACCUGCCUGCGGCGCUGUUCUUUAUACAAGAAAAAUAUUAAAUAUU